GAACCACAGGACGGCCAAAGGGAGUUACCAUAAGACAUUCAGCUCUGAUUGUACAAUCGCUGGCAAAAAUUGCGAUUGUCAACUAUGGUGAGGAUGAUGUUUAUUUGCAUACAGCUCCAUUAUGCCACAUUGGUGGGAUAUCCUCUGCCAUGGCCAUGUUAAUGGUAGGAGGUUGCCAUGUCUUGAUACCCAAGUUUGAAGCUAACUCGGCACUCAAAGCCAUAGAGCAACUCCAUGUGACUUCUUUUAUAACUGUCCCUGCAAUAAUGGCUGAUAUUGUUUCCUUAAUCAGGAUGAAGGAGACAUGGAAAGGGAAAGAAAAUGUGAGGAAAAUUUUAAAUGGAGGCGGUGGUCUCUCAAUUGAGCUUAUCAAAUAUGUCACCAUAUUUUUCCCAAGAGCUAAGCUUCUUUCAGCUUAUGGAAUGACAGAGACAUGUUCUUCACUAACCUUUAUGACCCUCUAUGAUCCAACAACCGAUAACUCGAGCCAUUCAUUUCACGUAACCUGUAAUAUUGAUUCCAGUUUGGUUCACCAACCAAAGGGUGUUUGUGUUGGCAAGGCUGCACCACAUGUCGAACUAAGGAUUAGCUCGGAGGAUUGUUCCCACGUUGGGCGGAUAUUGACUAGGGGUCCCCAUGUAAUGCUUGGAUAUUGGGGUCAAAUUCCACUAGAGGCAUUGAGUGCCGGUGAUGACAGUUGGAUUGACACGGGAGACGUUGGGUGGAUCGAUGACUUUGGUAACGUAUGGCUAGUUGGGCGAUCUAAGGGAAGAAUCAAGAGUGGAGGAGAGAAUGUUUACCCUGAAGAGGUAAGUGUGGAGGCUAUCCUAUCCCAACAUCUGGGAGUUUCUGGCAUUGUAGUGGUUGGACUUCCAGACGCUCGUUUGACAGAGGUGGUGGUUGCUUGUUUGCAAAUACGGGACAAUUGGAGAUGGGCUGAUUCAUGUUCUGAUCACUUAGCUGGAAAGAAAGACCAAACCUUAUCCACUCAAAUUCUUCGGCAAUUCUGCAGAAAAAUGAAUUUGACUGGGUUUAAAAUACCAAAAAGUUUUGUUAUAUGGAAGAAGCAGUUUCCAUUGACUAGUACUGGGAAAUUGAGAAGAGAUGAAAUUAGAAGAGAAGUUAUGUCUUCUUCGCAAAUCCUGCCUAGCAAUCUAUAACUACCAAAAAUGUUUGUUCUUCUUCUUUUUAUUUUUUUAUUUUUUGAAAUUUUGGUUCAUGUAUCUUCAAGACUUUGUUGAAGGAAAUAUGGGGUGAAAACCAAAUUAGACAGCAAUUUAAAUUCCUUGUUUUGCAGAUUGUGUAGCUUUCUACAACUUUAUGCCAAUUUUUUAUGCAGAAUGAUGUUGCUUAUGCUUUA